CAAUCGACCGCUGCUGCCGCCGCAUCUUCUGCGCCCGCCGCAUCGAGUUCCACCAAGGCCGCUAAGGCAACCAAAGCCGCGACUUCGUCCGUGGCAAGCUCUUCCGCGGCAGCCUCCUCUGUAGCCAGCGCCGCCGCUGCGUCGUCGUCCGUGGCUGCAUCAUCCUCCGCCGCCGCCUCUGCCAGCACUUCGGUCGCGGCAUCGGCGUCUUCGUCGGCGGCGGACUCCUCGCAGACUCAGACCGCCAGUCAGAUCGACGAGGAGCUCUUGAAGGAGUUCGAGGCGUUGAAGAAGCUGAUCGAGGAGAAGAUCCGCGGAUCGCGUUCAAAGCGAACCGUCAGCUGGGCCAAGGACGCGUGA